AUGGUUCUAAGAAUUGUCGUCGUCGGCGCAGGCCUUAUUGGCCCUAGACAUGCCAAAUCUGUUAUCUCCAAUCCAGACACCGAGCUCGUCGCACUCAUCGAUCCGAUCCCCAAUGCUGCCAGGGUAGCGCAGGAGCUGCAAACGAGCUACUAUCCAACUGUCGAAGCCAUGCUGCAAGCCAUCCCCAAGCCUGAUGCAGCCAUCGUUUGCACGCCCAACCACACCCACGUCCCCGUCUCGCGAGAGCUCCUAGCCAGUGGCAUCCACGUCCUAGUGGAGAAACCAGUUAGUGACAGCAUCGACAAUGGCAUAGCCCUACUACAGUUUGCGCAGCGACCGGAGAACGCCCAGCUCAAGCUGUUGGUAGGACACCACCGUCGGUUCAACCCGUACGUCCUAAAGACGAAGCAGAUGGUAGAUGCCGGAUCUCUGGGCCAGGUUAUCGCCAUUAACGGCCUUUGGACAUUAUUCAAGCCGGAAGAAUACUUUGCGCCUCCAGGUGACUGGCGUCGUGCUCGGUCGUCGGGUGGUGUGGUUCCAAUUAACCUUGUGCAUGAUAUUGACAUUAUGCAUUACCUGUUCGGCCCGAUUGUGCGCGUUCACGCUGAGAAGACCCUCUCGCAGCGCCCUAACCCCCCCCAUGAAGCAGAGGAAGGUGCUGCACUGACGCUUCGGUUUGCUUCAGGCGUUGUCGGUACAUUCCUUGUCUGCGAUGCUACGCCAUCUCCACAUAACUUUGAGGCCGGGACCGGCGAGAACCCGCUCAUUCCCAAGUGUUCUUCUGGCGCAGACUUUUACCGCAUCUUUGGUUCUGAUGCCUCUCUCAGUGUCCCAGAUAUGACACGCUGGAGUUACGAUGGCCGGCCAGACAAGAGCUGGAACCAACCAUUGACGGUCGAGAAGUUUGACGUGGAAGAAGCGACUCCGUUCGAUUUGCAGCUUGCCCAUUUCGUCGAUGUUAUCCAAGGCAGAGCCGAGCCUAGUUGCUCCGGUGAAGAAGGCCUAAGGGCCUUACUUGUGUGCCAAGCCGUACAAAAGGCACUCGAAACAGGACAGACAAUCGAACUAGACCAGACCGUUAUUGAAGGAAACCGCUGA